AACCCUAAUUCGUUAUAUAUAUAGUGUGUGUGUUUUCCUUCUACCGAUCUGCCGGAAACACGUAUCGCAAGCUGCGAAAGGAGUGAUCGCUGCAGCGGUAGAUAUCAUAAAAAGAGUGAAAAUGGAGGCAGCAAGAACUGUUAAGGACGUUUCCCCCCACGAAUUUGUCAAGGCUUACGCUGCCCAUCUCAAGCGCUCCGGCAAGAUUGAACUUCCACCAUGGACUGAUAUUGUGAAGACUGGUAAACUGAAGGAGCUUCCUCCCUAUGACCCUGAUUGGUACUAUGUCAGAGCUGCUUCCAUGGCUAGGAAAAUAUACUUGAGGGGAGGUCUUGGUGUUGGUGCCUUUAGAAGGAUUUAUGGAGCGGCUAAGAGAAAUGGAAGUCGUCCCCGCCAUUUCUGCAAGAGCAGUGGUUCUGUUGCUCGACACAUUCUCCAGGAAUUGGAGAAUAUCAACAUCGUUAACAUUGAUCCUAAAGGUGGUAGGAGAAUCACAUCAAAUGGCCAGCGGGAUAUGGACCAAGUGGCUGGAAGGAUUGCAGUUGCCAUCUGAGAAAUUUCAAUCAACGUUUUUCAUGUUGCUGAAAUGUAGCAGUUUGAAAAGAGUCUUAAUUAUUUUUCUUUUCGGCAUAUUGAGAUUUGAAUUUUUAUUUUAUAAAUUUAAAGAACAAUAUGUUGGCAAUGACCAUUAGUUUUUAUUUGAAUUGAAAACUGCUAUCUUGAAUAUCC